AGGCGACGUAAGAUUCUUUAAUCGGAUCCUCUGCCAGUCAUUGGACUUAUUCGUUUGUUCGCUGCGCUCGGAGAGCAUCUCGUUCGUCGUCGUCGUCGUCGUCGUCGUCGUCGCCGCCGCGUCGGUAUCGUAUCAGUACACGUACGCUUCUUCGUCUCUUACUCACUUCUUCUCCUUCCCCUUCGGCUUCUUCUCCUUCUUCUUCUUGAACCAGAGCUUGGCGAACGACUCCACGAACCCCGUCACGCCGCCCUGCAGCGGCUGAUGCUCGUUGCACUUCGUGAUCAUUUCCUUGAGCCGGUCAAUGUUGAAGUAGAUGUCCUUGUUGCACUUCCCCGCGCAGAAGUAGUGGCCGCACGGUCGGAGAUUGGAUACGCCCACGCUCAACACGAGAGCACGACCGGUGCCGAUGUCGCAGCCGCACACGCGGCACUUCGCACCGGGGGGGACGUUUCGUCCCUGCACACCGUCGGUCGUCCGGGAGCCGACAUUUCCGAGGUUUGCGGUCAAGCCGUGAAGCGCGCGCGCGUUCCUUUGCUUCUCCGUCUCGUUCUUGCUCCCGAAGCGCGCGUUCUUUUGCUUCUCCGUCUCGUUCUUGCUCCCGAAGCGCGCGUUCUUUUGCUUCUCCGUCUCGUUCUUGCCCCCGAAGCGCGCGUUCUUUUGCUUCUCCGUCUCGUACUUCCCCCCGAAGCCCGUCAGCGCCGCGUUCUUCCGGCAAAGCUCACGGUGGUCCUCCUCCAUCCGCUUCGCGAGCGCCUCGUCGUACUUGCCGUCCUUCGUGAGCACCUGUUUCAGUCUCGCGCCCGCGCCGCGCUUGCCCGAGAUGAAUUGCACGAGAUGGUCGAAGCGCUCGAACCAGUUCGAGCGGACGAAGUUCUUCUUGGUGAUGGACGUGAACAUGCACAAGUGCACGCACGCGUCGUCGAUCUCGCCCUUGAACGUGGUCCAAAGCGCGCGACGGUUCGGUCGGAGGUGCUUCUUUAUCCACUCCCGGACGCCGCCGCCGAACCCGCCGACCUUCUUCGGGUUCCCGAGCGCGUUGAGCGUGACGACGCGGAGGCGAUGCAUCAGCUCGACGGCUUCGGCCGGGAUGCCGUCGUAGAGCGUCGUACCCGCGUUGUGGCCCGCGGUGAAGACGCAGAUGUUGACGACGACCGCGGAAGCCGCGAGGAUGCCCCUGCCUACGUAGUUGUCGAGUAUGUUCCAAACUGGCGCCCUGUGGAAGGAGAACAAGAGGGCGGGUCGACGUCGUUCGUCACGCACGAGCACGAGAGGGGCUCGACGAGCGCGAGAGGGGUCGACGAGCGCGAGGAGAGGUGGUAGAAAAGGGACAUGAGCGGGAUCUCCAUCACGCGGUCGCAGACAUCAUCGCGCUCGCGCAGCGCGUCGACGCAGCGCGUCGAGGUCUGCGACCGCGAAGGAGGAGCCCGGAAGUACAGCUGUCGCUCGUCGGCGGCGCGACUGCGCGAGCACGCGGCACCGCGAGAGAAGGGAACGAACGGGAGCUCCCGAUCACCGCGCGACGGAUAAACGGAUAACAUGAGAAAGGAGGGCGCGCGCGACGGGGAGUGCGCCGUCGCGCGUCGUCGUCGCGCGUCGUCGUCGUCGCUCGGAGCCCCUACGACGGCGCGUCCGAGGACCGUCCGCACCUGAGACCGUCCUUUUUUUUCGAACGCGCCGCGAGAAGCACGCCGAGCAGGUUGAGCGAGGACGUCUCGAAGUGCCCGAGCACGAUGAUGAACGGGGCCUUGAGGCCGUACUUCCCCCACCACGCGCCUGUGGGGAGGUUCACGGGGCUGAAGCGCAUGUUAUUGCGCUCGGUGUAC